AUGACUGAAGUCGACAUGGCCACCAAAGCUCCCGAGAGCGACGCUCAGGAGCGGCAGACUGAGCAGAAGCCGGAGACCAUCACACCUGCAGAAUCGCCAGGUCAGACCGGGGAGCAUUGCGUAACUGACCGUCCAACUCCUAGUGGACAGUCGUCAACCGGUGAGAUUAUCAAACUGAACGAUAUCGACGUAGGCUCCCAGCUACACCAACCAAACACGAGACACACCGUUCUAACCACCUGCCAGGUCUAUAUUUCCAAACCAGCCGACUACCCCCAUGCGCCCUCAAAGCUCCUCCUGCUUCUCACCGGCGGCACUGGAAUCAAGUCGGUCAACAAUCAAAUUCAAGCCGACAAAUUCGCCUCAGAAGGCUACCUCGUAUUGAUGCCGGACCUCUUUGCUGGCGACAGCGUCCCAUUAUCCACGGCCAUCACCGACGACUCCUCCUCCAUCAUCGAGCAGGUUAAGCUCCAGGCCGUCGGGGUCGUCAAGUCCUUCUUUAUUGACAUGUGGCUGGCCCGAAUCACCCCGGACAAGGUCAUGCCCAUCCUGCGCAGGGUCAUUGAGGCAGCUCAAGACCAGUACGCAGACGCCAUCAAGAAUGGUGAGGGAAUAUACGCAGUUGGGUACUGUGUUGGUGGACGAUUUGUCCUCCUGCUGGCUCAGGAGACAGAAGAACAGGGCAGCGAUGAGGAGGCAGGUGCGUUGAAGAGGAAGGGCCCGUAUAUCAAGGCUGGAGCUCUGGCGCAUGGUGCGUCGGUCACGCCAGAUGAUUUCAAUAACUUGAAGGCACCGCUCAGUCUAGUGUGUGUUGAAAACGACAACUUGUUUCCAGAUGAGGUACGGAAGGCGGGCGAGGACGCCAUGUCCAAAGCAAAUCUUGAGCACGAGGUGCAGGUCUAUCCUGGCGUGCCACAUGGUUUUGCUGUACACAAACAACUGCAUAUCAGCAAAUGUUGA